AUGAGCGAGGCUCCCGAUGAGCGAAGUAAAUUUGAAAUUCCAUCUUGGGCUACUAAACCGCCACCGGGUUCGCAUUUAGAUGUAUAUAAAGGACCACAACUUAUUCAAAAAUUAAUGAUUGAUGAGAAAAAAGCCUAUUAUUUUGGACGCAAUAAUAAGCAGGUGGAUUUUGCUGUUGAACACGCCUCUUGUUCACGCGUACACUGUCUUUUGCUUUAUCAUGGAUUACUACAAAGAUUUGCUAUUGUUGAUAUGGAAAGCAGUCAUGGUACUUUUAUUGGAUCUGUGCGGCUUCAGCCACUCGAAGUCGUUUUUAUCGAAGUUGGAAAACAGUUUCAUUUAGGCGCAUCAACUAGAAGGUACGCGGUUCGUCUAAAAGUCGACGAACCGGUUGAGGAUGAUCCUGCAGCGAUUGCUUCCGACCAACAUCUCGAUCACGUCACCGAAUAUAAUACAGCGCAGAAUCGACGAAUUCCGAAUUUGCCGAUUUCUUUGGAAGAAGCUCGCCGAAAAAAGCGACCGCGCGGAAAUGUGGCAUUUAUUGAAGAGGAAGAGAUCAUCAAUCCAGAGGAUGUUGAUCCGAGCGUAGGACGAUUCCGAAAUUUGAUAACCACAGCCAUCAUUUCCACAAAUCCCGCCAAACGACCAGGAGAUCGAGGACGAUACGAGCCGCCGAAGAAGAUUGUCAGGCCAUGUCGAGAAGUGCUCACCGCUCCACUUUCUUCCACCUUCGGACCAGUUUCUCUGAACGCUGCUCCCGAUUUGGAGCUGUACGGAAAAACAUUACCACAACCUGGAAAUCAUUAUGUAUCUACUGAACCUGAAGAAGAGGAAACAAGUGGCCAUAUGAAGAAAAAGUACGCAAAGGAGGCGUGGCCUGGAAGAAAGCCGGGCGUUUUUUAA